AUGUCAGGUCAUAUUUACCUCCGACUAUUGGGUUAUGUCGUGACAAUUUCCCUUCACGUUGGAAAUUGGAUUAUAAUGACCCAACCUAUUCCCAAGCACAUAUUAGCCGAUCCAAAAGUUAGAGGAUUCGUUGAAUUGCGGAGUCGAUUCCUAACGCAUUGGACAGUUUUCAUGCAAAUAUUUUUUGCUAUUACUGGUCUAAUUUGCGAUACUCUGACUCUGUUGAACUCCAAGAAACAACCUCCGAAGUAUAUUAAGGGAUUCAAAGAUCUUUUCUUUGCAGCUGUUGUUUGGCCUUCUACACUGCUGGUCUUUACGUUCUUCUGGACUUUAUACGUGCUGGACAGAGGUCUCAUUUAUCCUCCGUUUUUGGACCAAAUCUUAGCGCCAGCAUCAAACCAUAUAAUGCAUACAGCCAUCGUCCCAAUAGCACUUUGGGAGGUGGCUUUUCAACCCAGAUCUGUGCCCAAAUCGCAUAUUAAGAAUGCAUUUCAUUUAGUAUUAUAUCUUGGAUUGUACUUGAGUGUGAUGAUCUACACGUACGUCGAACAAAACAAAUGGGUGUAUCCUAUAUUUGACAAGAUAUACGGAACUAUACAUUUCUAUAUUGUAUUGGUAGGUGUCGCAUUAUUAUGUGGAAUAUUUUAUUCCCUACAAUGGCCGUUGACGAGAGCAAUUUGGGGAACAGUGGAGAAAGAAAAGAUUAAGAAGAAAGUACGGUAGAGAAAGAAGAGUUUGGUAUAAAAAUGAUGUAAAAUUAUUUAUGACGUACUGAGUUUGAGAAGUAAACGGGAUAUAUAAAAAUAUAAUAUUAUGUUGACUGUUAGUUUUUUAUUUUUUCAUUUAUUUUUUUUAUAA